AUGAAUACAUUAAUGGAUACAAAUAGUGAAAACAAACCAAAUAUUUUACGAAAAAAACCAUCAUUUCGACAAGAUGGUUCUUAUCGAAUAUUUCAUAUAACAAAAAAAAACAAAGACGAAAGUGAUGAUGAGGAUAAUUUACACAUAAAUAAUGAACAAAUAAUUAAUACAGAAAAUCAUAUAAAAACUAGAUAUCAAAAAAGAUCUUUAAAAACAUCUAAUCGAAAUGGAAUAGAAAGAUGGAAAAGAAAAAGUACUAAAAAUAAACGUUUAUUAUUUCUUUCUAAAGCAUCAUGUGAAUCAACAUCAAAUGAAGUUAUGGAUUCUUCAUUAUCAAAUCAGUUGAUAAAUAAUUCAGUUCAAUCAAUCAUUUCUGGUGAUAUAACAUCAAAACAAUUCGUAACAAAUAAUCAACAAUCUGAUAAACAAAAUGAUAUUGAUGAAUUAUCUCAAUCAGAUACUUUAAUAGAAGCUGUUAAUGAGCACGUCGCUCAUGAUGAUGCUGCACUUGAUAAUUUACUUGCUCGAGCUGACAAACUUGAAAUAACUGUUAAACAACAAGAUUUCAAUAAAAUUCAACCAAUGUCACUAUCAUAUAUUCAUCGAAGACGAAAACGUUGUAUAAUCGGUUUUAGUACUGUUCUAGUAGCAUUCAUCAUAAUAAUAAUUAUUAUAAUAUCUGCUGUAGUUUUGACAUUAAAACAUAGAGCUCAUGCGAGUUGA